GAAAAUGUCAGCAAAAACCAAAGAGGAAGCAAAAUGAAGGAGGUAUAUAAACAGCCCAGCAGGAAUCCCAAAGGGUUGGAGAGAGACGGGGAGAGAAGAGGAGAAGAGGAGAAGAGGAGAAGACAGAUAUUAUCGAUUAACGCGAAUUGGGAAUUAGGGUUUGGUGUGGGUGCUGGUGAUCUUCCGCUUCGGGAACCAUGGCGACGGGGAAAUCACCUACGCCGGCAUCGCCGGAGGUGCAGCAGAGCAAUGCGGAGGCGCGGCCAGGCCUGAGGAAGCCAGUCUUCGUGAAGGUCGAGCAGCUCAAACCUGGCACAAAUGGUCAUACACUCACCGUCAAGGUUGUUACCUCCAAUACCGUGUUGCAGAAGGGUCGAUCGGUGUCCCAGCACCUCCGCCAGACUCGGAUCGCUGAGUGCCUUGUUGGGGACGAAACUGGAACCAUUUUGCUCACUGCGCGUAAUGACCAAGUUGAUCUAGUAAAGCCCGAGACAACUAUCAUUAUCCGGAACGCGAAGAUUGACAUGUUCAAAGGGUCUAUGAGGCUAGCAGUUGAUAAAUGGGGCCGAAUCGAGCUCACUGAGCCUGCAAACUUCGUCGUCAAGGAAGACAACAAUCUAUCUUUAGUCGAGUAUGAACUUGUGAAUGUUGCAGAGGAAUGAUAAGGGCCUAUUAAAGGCCAACUUAAGCAUACAAUAGGUUGAGAUGACUGGUCAUCGAAUUUCCUGGUAAUCUGCUGAUGUGAAUAUAUAACAACACUACAUUAUAAUUUUGUGUGGGUGAAGUAUUUAAACGAAAGAAUCCGUUUCAUUUUGUCUAAACUUGUCGGUAUGACUUAUGUGAAGCCAUGUUUUGUCGGGUAUAGGUAUGAAUAGGUAGUAGUUUGGUUCUUCUUAUGACUCUGGAAAUGUAAUCGGGCAUCAAUGAUGACGAAAAAUGCUUUUGGUAUA